UGGUUGCUUUGUUGUAGGCUUCUACUUGGUUUCCUACAGAAUUAGUAAGUGUGGAAAUGGAGCCGAGCUGGAGUACGUUUCUUUUUCAACAGGCCAAUGAAGCCCUCCACCACCAGCACCAGGUGGCCCAGAACAGCCUGCUGCCACUUCUCAAUGCAGGAACUGAACAAGUCGACCAGAAGCCCAUCCUGCCCAUCCAAAUAGACCAGAAGCCCCCUUCCAGUGCUGCUGAUCUCCUCAAAGACAAUGUGGCCAGUGGUGGAGGUCCACGGCCACCAGUGCCUGUCAUAAAGAAGGAACACAAAGGCAAAACGCCUUUCGUUUGUGGCUACUGCAACAAGGCCUUCCGCGACAGCUACCACCUGCGGCGCCAUGAGUCCAGCCACACUGGUAUCAAGAUGGUGUCACGGCCAAAGAAGACCGCCCAGACAGCCCCCACAAUGGUACCCAUGAUCUCCACCAUGCCAAGGGAGAACAACGGCAACCCUUCCUACAUCUCCACAGUAGCGGGAAUCCUCUCCACAGCAACCACCUCUGUGUCCUCCAGUAUCAUGACGUCGUCCGCAAUGGGCAACGUGCCGCAGCAGAACGUGCCCAAGAAGCCCGCCAAACCGGUCAAGAAAAACCACGGGUGCGAGAUGUGCGGCAAGGCCUUCCGUGACGUCUACCACCUGAAUCGCCACAAGCUGUCCCACUCGGAUGAGAAGCCAUUCGAGUGCCCCAUCUGCCAGCAACGCUUUAAAAGGAAGGACAGGAUGACCUACCAUGUCCGCUCGCAUGAUGGGGGAGUACACAAGCCCUAUGUAUGCUCAGUGUGUGGGAAAGGCUUCUCCAGGCCAGACCACUUGAGCUGCCAUGUGAAGCAUGUCCACUCUUCAGAAAGACCGUUUAAAUGCCAAGUAACGGCCUGUACCUCUGCUUUCGCCACCAAAGACAGACUGCGCUCCCACAUGAUCCGACACGAAGGCAAAGUCACCUGCAGCAUCUGUGGAAAGAUGCUCAGCGCAGCCUACAUCACCAGCCAUCUGAAGACUCACGGACAGACCAACUUUAACUCCUGUAACAAAGAUGGCAGCGAAGUCUGUAAUUCUGCAUCAGCCACGCCUGUGACCAUCUCUGCCCCCAUCACCACGACGAUGAACCGAGGGAACCAGAACAACCCUGUUACCAUUGCAGCGCAAAUGAACAUUAGCACCAACACGGUCAACAUUACAUCUCCGGUCAGCCUCCAGCACCCAGUCACCAUCACCGGCCCCGUUAACAUCGCAUCUGUCAACAUCCCCGCCACAGCACCCAUGAAUAUUGCCCACCCCGUUGCAAUAACCACCCCCAUGCCUAUGAAUAUGGCCGGUCCGAUCAACAUCGCCAUGAGGCCUGUGGAUAGCAUGUCCUUCCUGUCCCAAGUCUUGCCUUCUUCCCCACCCUGGUAAAAAAACAAAACAAAAAAAAAAAAGCAAAUGGAGAGAGUGCUAUGAACUGGCCUGAAAGGAAGGGAAAAAUGAAGUGAAACUAGAGACUCCUGUCCUCAUUAUUUGCACCUCAAGCCCAGAUCUUUCUUCCCACCUGAACUACGUUCACUUCAACAAACCCUGGAGUGAACUUUUGCAUGAGCUGUGCAGCCGGUAGGAGCUCCCUGAAGUCACAGCAAUGUCCCAGCUUAGGAAAAGUGACCGUCACAAGACGCAGAACACUUGAGUAGAAAUCAAGUAGGAUUUAUAAUGAAAUCAGGACAACAUUAAGACUUAGAGUAGGCAGUUAGAGAGAUGAAACUGUGAUAUGUAUCAUGAUGAAUGGGAGGAGGGGAGGGGAGGACUCGGUAGGAAAAAAACACACCUGUGCUUUUACAAAAGGGAGAUGAGAAAUGGACUGAAGCAAUAAUUAUAAAUUGCUGUUUUUGAUGUUUUACAAGUUCUCUCCCAAAGCCUCUGGGUGUUACUUUGUAUGUUGUUUUUUAACUAUAGCCUGCUAAUCACUAUUUAAUGUAAUAGGAAAUGAGUCUAGUAAAAGGGACAGCAGCUUCCACAUGCAUGGAAGGAUAUUUUUUCACAGUGCUAUAGCUUUGUUUUGUUUUGUUUUUUUCUUCUGAGACAGUAGGUAUGCUCUUGAGGUACAGUGACUAACUUGUACAGUUGACAUAGUAAUGUAUUUUCAUGUCAGCAUUUUAACUUUUUUGCUUUGUCUUUCAAGCGGAUGUACCCAAAAUGUCCUCUUGAUAAUUAAAUAUUUGUACUUUGUUUUCUACUUGUAUGGAAACACAGAGGUUUGUUUUUAUUUUGCCUAUUUGUAGUGUUGAUUUUUUCAUGAAGUCAGAGUGGAAUGAGUCUUGCACUGAAAGCAUAUCCUACACACAGGUGAACAGCAGUAUUAUCAAAGAUCAAAUUGGAGUCUUAAGUGAUUUGGUUAGCAUGCCUGCACUUGAGGGCCAUCUAGUGGCUGACCAUGGAAAGGCCUGGCCUUGUAGUGAAGCUUUUUCAGGCUGUUUGUCAUCAAUAAGGUGACUACUUUUUUGUCCGACUCUUCUGUACACUGUUUUUUUAACCAUUUAUCUGUUAUAGCCCCAAUAUGAUGCUUAGGAUCCCUCACUCAGGAAAACAUAUGAAAGCCCAUUACUCAUGCAUUUAAUUUCUUACAAACUGAAUAUAUCCUCCAUGUGUAUCUUUAUUUUUGACUUCUCGUUAUUCUUCUUUAGGUUUCAAAAAUAAUUAGGCAGUAAAAAACUUGCCUCAACUUCUAUCAGGGACAAGAAGUCCAAUAAUUAUUGAUUUAAAAGCAUAGCCGUCCAUUUAAAAAUCAUGUACUGUGCAAUGGCAUACAUGCUGUACCUUUUUUUUAACAUUUCCUUUAAAGUUGAGCUCAGUCUCAGGCUGCGUAGUAAUGUGGCUGAGACUUGAAAAAGUUUGAUAAAAUGCAAGUUUGUGCCCAUUAAAAUAAUGGGCUAUUAUUGAUGUUGCAUGACCCCAAACACUGUAGCUGUUGAACAUGAACUAUUUUUCAAUGAAUGCCAUGGUAUAUCAACAGUGUUGCAGUUCUUUGAGUUGGUUCAGUGUAUACUGAAAAAUGCAAUAUGCAUGUUUGUCAUUUUUCCCAAAUUUUGUUUUGAACAAAAUGUUAGUGUAGCUUUUUGUUUUUUGUUUUUAUGCAUUUACGUAGAUACACUAUGAUAGCCUGUUUGCCAAAUUUGAUACAAUAAUAAUGUGAUGAACUUAACAUUUCAUGUGGGAUUGAACAUCUCUUUAUUUUUAAGGAAAAAAAUUGGAAAUUCCAGGACCCUUGUGAAAGCAGUUGAAUGUAUAUCUUUGUACAAAACUAUUUUAGUUCCAAGGAUAAGGUAGUUACGAUAGAUGUGAAAGAUAAGAUAACCUUUUUUAUAAAUCUUUUGUAUUAGAACAUUAACAAUGGUAAUUUUGUAUAUAUGAGAGGCUAGGCUUUCUGAUUAGCAGAAAGGUCAAACAUUCCUACAUUUUUUUUAAAUGUAUGUUUGUCAAAUUAUUACAUAAACAUGCGCA